AAUACGGGUCGCAUAACGCCGGACACCAAGAACACACCGGAUCGAGGGGUUUUAAGCUGUGACAAGAACAUAAAAUAUCUGGCUCUACUAUUCAAGUUAACUCACCAAAACACAGCAAUAUGGCUAAACAAGCAGUUGGAAUCGAUUUGGGAACCACCUAUUCUUGUGUUGGAGUUUUCCAGCAUGGAAAAGUCGAAAUCAUUGCGAAUGACCAGGGAAAUCGAACGACCCCAAGUUAUGUAGCGUUUACAGACACAGAGCGUCUUGUAGGAGAUGCCGCCAAGAACCAAGUGGCUAUGAAUCCCUCAAACACAAUUUUUGAUGCAAAACGUCUCAUAGGUAGAAAAUUUGAUGAUCCCUGUGUCACCUCCGAUAAGAAACACUGGCCUUUUGAUGUGGUCAACGUUGAAGGUAAACCAAAAAUGAGGGUCAAAUACAAGACUGAAGAAAAGGAAUUCUUCCCAGAAGAAAUAUCCUCAAUGGUUCUCAACAAAAUGAAGGAAACUGCAGAAGCCUAUCUUGGCAAGACUAUAACAAAUGCUGUAGUAACAGUCCCAGCCUACUUCAAUGACUCUCAGAGACAGGCAACAAAAGAUGCUGGGACAAUUUCUGGACUGAAUGUUUUACGUAUCAUCAAUGAACCAACAGCAGCUGCAAUUGCGUAUGGUCUUGACAAGAAGGUUGGAGGAGAAAGGAACGUACUCAUCUUUGAUUUAGGUGGUGGUACUUUUGAUGUAUCCAUUCUGACAAUUGAGGAUGGAAUCUUUGAGGUAAAAUCCACAUCUGGGGAUACCCACUUAGGUGGUGAGGACUUUGAUAACCGAAUGGUUAACCACUUCGUGCAGGAAUUCAAACGUAAACACAAGAAGGACAUCUCGGACAACAAAAGGGCUGUACGUCGUCUGAGAACAGCCUGUGAGCGAGCAAAGAGGACCUUGUCAUCAAGUGCUCAGGCCAGUGUUGAGAUUGACUCCCUCUAUGAAGGAAUAGAUUUCUACACCAGUAUCACUCGGGCACGUUUUGAGGAGUUGAAUGGAGAUCUUUUCAGAGGAACCUUGGACCCUGUCGAAAAAUCGCUGCGUGAUGCUAAAAUUGACAAAGCUACUAUACAUGACAUUGUACUAGUUGGAGGUUCCACGCGUAUUCCAAAGAUCCAGAAACUUCUUCAGGACUUCUUCAAUGGCAAAGAACUAAACAAGUCAAUUAAUCCUGAUGAAGCUGUUGCCUAUGGUGCAGCUGUGCAGGCAGCCAUCCUUUCUGGAGACAAGUCUGAGGCAGUCCAGGAUCUGUUGCUGUUGGACGUAGCUCCUUUGUCCUUGGGUAUUGAGACUGCUGGAGGUGUGAUGACAUCACUUAUCAAACGUAACACAACUGUUCCCACCAAGCAGACCCAAACAUUUACCACUUACUCCGACAAUCAGCCUGGUGUGUUGAUCCAGGUUUAUGAGGGAGAGCGAGCAAUGACCAAAGACAACAAUCUGCUAGGAAAAUUCGAACUGGCCGGAAUUCCACCAGCACCAAGAGGUGUACCUCAAAUUGAGGUUACAUUUGAUGUCGAUGCCAAUGGAAUCCUGAACGUUUCUGCCGUUGACAAGAGUACUGGCAAAGAGAAUAAAAUCACCAUCACCAAUGACAAAGGUCGUUUGUCCAAGGAGGAGAUCGAAAGGAUGGUGAAUGAUGCAGAGAAAUACAAGUCAGAAGAUGAUACACAACGUAACCGUGUCUCUUCCAAGAACGGUCUAGAGAGCUAUGCUUUCCAAAUGAAAUCCACUGCUGAGGAUGACAAGCUGAAGGACAAGAUAAGUGAAGAGGAUAAGAAGACAAUCAGUGACAAGUGUUCUGAAGUGAUAGCAUGGCUAGAUGCAAACCAGCUGGCUGAGAAGGAGGAGUUUGAACACAAACAAAAGGAGUUGGAGGCGAUUUGUAAUCCCAUUGUUACCAAGCUUUACCAGGGAGCUGGUGGAGCUCCAGGAGGCAUGCCUGGUGGUAUGCCUGGUGGAAUGCCAGGUGGUAUGCCUGGUGGUAUGCCAGGUGGUGCCGACGGUGCCUCCACUGGUGGAAGCGGUGGCCCAACCAUCGAGGAGGUUGAUUAAAUACGGGAUACAUCCAGGACUCUGUAACAUCAUGUUGAUAACAUUCAAAAAUUGUUAUAACUUAUUUGUUGUUGACAUAACAUUACCAUCAAAAACGUGUAUUUCGAACACUGCUCAAUGAAGUGAUUUUAAAAUCUGUCCCAACUGAUUAUGGCAAUCUAGUCAAAUGUAACUGAUUAAGUGGUAAACAAAUCAAAGCUCAACAUACUUGUUUAAUGUAAGCUAGUUACCAACAAACCGCUGUUUAGGAAGCUGGAAAAAUUGCUUUCUUGUUUCCAUCAUGUUCACACUUUAGUGAGGUCAAGAAUUAGGUUAUUUAAAAUCACAAAUGUGUCUGAUGUGUUGUUUUUUUAUUUAUAUCUUCUUGACUUUUUUCAUCAUUCCACUUGCAACAAAAUGAAAACUAACAAUUUUGUCAAGCUCAAUAGAACCCUUAAAUGCAACAAAAUCAUGUAGAUGCUAUUUCAAAAGUUGAAAAAGUAUCUUCAAAGGAAAAAGAAGUAGAACAAAUGAACGAUUAAUAAAAGAGCCAGAAUAAAA